AUGUCUCCGAGCGAAACGGCCACCAUCGUCCCUGAUGAGGCCCCCCAGUAUGUGGCAGAAGACGGUGACGAGAAUGAACUGCGCUCGCCCCCCUCUCACGAUCGCAAUAGGGCGGACCUGAGUUUCCCCUUCACCACCACGGAUGUCGAACGCGGAGGGUUCACAGAUGAAUAUCGUACCGUCUCUAAAACUGGUUACAUGCAGGCCGACCUGGCUUUGCGACCGAUCCCUACUCAUGUCUCUAUGAUUCCUGGUGCUCUUCGGGAUCCAGAGAAGGCUGCGCAGCUGAAGGAUGUGAAGUUGGUUACGUGGCUCCCAAACGAUCCGGAGGACCCUCGCAACUGGUCAUAUCUCUACCGUUGGUAUUGUACGGGAGUUUGCGCAUUUACCGUCAUCUGCGCUGCCUUCGGCAGCGCUGUCAUCACCGGUGAUUUCAAAGACAUACAAGACGAGUUCCAUGUCGGAGAGGUCGUUGUUGCGUUGACGGUAUCGCUGAUGGUCGUCGGUUUCGGUAUUGGACCGCUAAUAUGGGCGCCACUGAGCGAGUUGGUGGGGAGGAGGCCUAUUUGGCUCAUCCCGGCCUUCCUGUAUGUUAUAUUCAACAUUCCAUGUGCCGUCGCAAAGAAUAUCGAGACACUUUGUAUCUGUCGGUUCUUCUGCGGUAUUUUCGCAUCGGGUCCUUUCGCGCUUGCGGGUGGGACAAUCUCUGAUCUCUGGGACAACAACGAGCGUGGAUUCGCCAUCGCUCUGUUCGCCGCAGCUCCCUACGGUGGUCCCGUUAUGGGCCCUAUCAUCGGUGGCUUCAUUGGCGAGAACAUCGGCUGGCGCUGGAUUAUCUGGAUCAACAUGAUAUUUUCGGGUGUCUCGGCCGCCUUGACGUGCACUAUCCCGGAGACAUUUGCCCCUGCUCUGCUCAAAAGGCGUGCGGCACGCCUACGUAAAGAGACCGGGAAUCCGAACAUCACCACCGAGCAGGAAUUGUUUUCAGCUUCCCUGUCCCAGAUUAUCAUCGAGACUUUGGUCCGUCCCUUCCAGAUGCUCAUGACCGAGCCCAUUCUUCUGCUCAUGUCAUUGUAUGUUGCCCUGAUCUAUGGUCUUCUUUACUCCUUCUUCUUCGCUUUCCCUGUCGUCUUCUCAGAAGGGUACGGUUUCGAUGAUGGACACUCGGGCCUCGUCUUCUGUUCCGUCCUGAUCGGCCUCUUUCUCGCGCUGUUCGUCACCCCGCGCAUUGAGGCCAACUAUCAGAAGCGCGCAGCAGCGAAGGGAGGCAGAGCCGACCCUGAGGAUCGUCUCGUCGGCAUGAUGAUCGGCUGCUGGUUCAUUCCCAUUUCCCUGUUCAUCUUCGGCUGGACGUCUCCCCCGGCCGUCCAGCCCGGAGGUGGCCACUGGGUCGGACCGUGCUCUUCGGGUAUCCCGUUCGGCUUUGGCAUGGUUAUUUUGUACUUCUCCGCCAAUGCGUAUCUCAUUGAUGCGUUCCCCGGUUAUGUCGCGUCUGCACUGGCCGCGAAGACCGUUGUGCGUUCCGGCUCCGGUGCCGCGAUGCCUCUGUUCAUCGAGGCUAUGUACCACAAUCUGGGCAACGGCUGGGCUGCAUCUACAUGGGCAUUCAUCUCCAUCGCUAUGAUUCCUGUUCCGUUCCUGUUCUACCGAUUCGGCAAGCAGAUCCGCGCAAAAUCAAAGCGUGCUGCCGCAUAG